CAAUAAGGUUAAGUCUUGUUAUUGACAACACAACAACAAGCAUACAAUAACGUGUAGUGUGUACGAAGAUCACCGGUUUCGAUAAAUUUCAACGAAGAGUAGAAAAGAACAGUGUAUUGAGAAUAUAAAGUCAAGUACAGUAGCAUAAUGAUGAGCAGUAUUCAACAGGUCUUACUUAAUACAAAGUAUAGUUUCUGCUAUGCUUAUGUUUAGCAGCAGAAAAACAUUCACAAUACGAAUCACAUAUCUUUAGUCAGUUGUCACAUUCUUGACUAUCAACAUUGCAAUUUCCAUACCAAACUCAAUCAUACUUGGAUAACUUUAACAAAAUUUGAGAUAAGAAAAUUAUUUCUUAAUAAUUAAAUUUUUUUUGGUUAUUGUUGCCAGUGAAUAAAUUGAUUGAUUUAUAAAGUUAAACAAAUAUAUGGUGUUUUCUCAGAUGUUGAAGAAAUUGAACGAGGUCAUGAGUGUGGAAUUUUAAUUGCAGAAUUACUUUUAAAUAAUAAUAAUUGCGGUUGUUUAUAUAACAGUAAUAUUACAAUAGCAAUAAAGAUUCACGCCUCAACUACUUGAAGUAAAUACAAAAAUGACGCACGACCAAGAAGGAAAGACUUCUCAUCCCAGAACGAUAAGUUUAAUAGUUACCAUCUUAGCACACAUAUUUCUGCUUGUACCAGUAAUUUACAUCAUUGCAGUUUACAGCGACACGUACAGCUUUUUCUCGUGGCAUCCAAUUUGCAUGGCAAUUGGAGCUGGUUUGUUAAUAAAUGAAGGCAUUUUCGUAAUAUCUGGAGAAGCCAAUUUAACAAACCGACUAUCACGUGCCAACAGAAUAACAACUCAUUGGAUUUUAAAUACUUGUGGCCUUACCCUAGUAUUUAUAGGAUUAAUAAUAAUUAUAGUUCACAAAAAUAACAUCGGUCGAAGUCAUUUUCAAACAACCCAUGGUCAAUUGGGUCUAAGUUCGAUAGUCAUCGCGUGUGUAAUUGCUUCCGGUGGAAUUUUGGCAAACAAUACUCGUUGGUUUUACCCUCGAAUACGACCCAUUUACAUUAAAGUCGGCCAUGCCUUGGGUGGGAUAGCGAUGAUGAUAUUAUUUAUCGCUACGAUUAUUAAUGGAACUUAUAAAUAUCAUUUUCCAGGGGGGUAUACUGGUAGAACAAUUAUUUUCGUUUUUCUAUUUUUUGCAGCAGUAAUUAUACUGUUUAAACCUAUCAUUGGCGCGAUUUCUCGUGUAAGUGUAAUAUUAAAACCUUCCCAACCGGCACAAAGUUCUUCAUAAAUGUUAAUAAAAUUUAUAUUAAUAUAAAAUAAAAAAAAAUCUAAAUUAUUUGUAUUAUAGUAACAAAAAGAUAUUUUUUUAAUGAAAUUUUUAUAAACAAAAAGAAUUAUAAACUUUUAAAAAU